GCAUUUCUCUGAUCUACAAACAAAGAAACUAACGCAAUUUGCAAUUGAUCACUCAUCUCAUAAAUCUGUAUUCCUUCUUGACAGAUCGAGAGCAUGGCAGCGACGGUGGCCGUCCCCAGUGCUAUAGUCCAUAAAGUUUUAACCACAAAUAACUAUGAAGAUUGGAGUAUUCGGGUCAAAACCUAUCUGCUGGCUAAGGGUCUUUGGAAGGUCGUCGGAUCCGCCAUGGAACCGCCUAGAGUAGAAGAUGAGGCUGAAUUUGAGGCAUGGAGUAAGAACAAUGCAGAGGCUUUGCAUGCUAUUCAUAUUUCUUGCGGAGAUGAUACCUUCUCUUUUAUCCGGGACAUGGACACAGCUAAAGCUGCGUGGAAUACUUUAGAAAAAAAAUUGAAGCCCGCUAGACUACCAAAGAGGAAAGAUUUUUCCGCUUAUUGUUUAGAUGUGAGAUCUGACCAUGAGUCCCCAAUGGAUGGUGAGCUACAACUAAAAGACCUUAACGAACCGGUAGUUGAAGGACACAGCAGCAAUGCCAAUUCCGCCACCAAUGAUCAUGAUGACAAAGCCUAUAAACAUUUCUUCGAUUGUGUGAAGAAUGGUUGGUGUGAGAGAAGCACAGCUGAUGCACGGGAGUUUCUUAAAAAAUAUCCACACCCAAUAAGAGAACUAAGACAUCCAUCAUCCGGCCUUCCGGCUCUUCACUUCGCAAUCUAGUGGUGGAACAUGGUCAUUGUAAAAGAGUUGGUGCAAUUAAUGACAGAGGAAGACUUGGAAGAAAUAUUGGACCCUUCUGGUCGUACAGCUAUUUGCUCUGCUUUUGACUUUCCAGAUCGACGCUCGGAGGAAAUUGUUAAAUGCUUGGUUGAAAAGAACAAAAAAUUACUUAGCAUUAUUGAUCCUUCCACCAAAAUGAUUCCACUUGUCAGGGCUCAUCAAACUAAAGGGAACGGGGAUCCCGUGGUUAAGUAUCUGUAUUCUGUCACUCCACUCGAAACUCUGAUCAAUGCUCACCAAGCAGCUGAAAUUAUUUCUCAAGGUUUUAUAAAUAAACAAUUUGAUAUUUCUUGGGAUUUAAUACAACGCUGCCCAAGUUUGGCUAUUACUAAAGACUUAUCUGGAAAAUAUCCUUUGAAUAGAUUGGCUGAGAGCAUGAAAUGUAAACAUUUAUUUUUAAGCGAAUGCGGACGCAACUUCUUGGAACGAUGGAUUUAUGACCAUACGGUCAUACCACCUACCCCAACAAGAAACGAUAGUAGUAGUAUAAAUGUUCAUGAUGCAGAAAAUGGUAAAUGUAAUCAAAAGCGUCUCAUUCACUCAGUUACCAGUUUAUUCAGACGAAUAUUCGGAGGACUUUUGGGUAUGCUAGGUUCACAUCCAUGAUUUUCCCAUUUUAUUGUGUUGGUUAUUAAUUUGUUUAAAUAUACGUUGUUAACUUUAUAUUGUUUUCAUGAUCAACGUAGGAAUCAAUCGCAUACAUCGUAUGAAAUUGAUACAUACCCAAAUUCACGAAUUUUUACAUUGCAUGUGUAAAGUGAUUGAAACUAAAGAUGUUAGACAAAUGCAAGAUGAUAUCCUUCUGCAAUCAGCCAUCUUCCGAGCAGUAGAACAAGGAAAAGUUGAGUUCAUUACUCAUAUGGGUAAAGCAAAUCGAGACAUCUAUCAGAUUACUAAUGAACAAGACAUGACCGUGUUUCAAUUUGCUGCUAAUUGUCGUCAAGAAAAGAUAUAUAGCCUUGUAUAUUUAUAUGGUAGCUACAGCAGAAAUGAGAUUUUUGGUAGGAGGCUAGGGAUAAGUUUGACAAUAAUAUGCUCCAUAUAGUAGGAAAUUUUUCGACAUUUGCUCAAACUAGAGUGGAUAAUAUACGAGGUGCAGCUUUACAAUUGCAGAGAGAACGACAAUGGUUCAAGGAGGUGGAAUCUAAAGUACAGCUCGACUCACGUGAAGAAAUAAAUCAUACUGAUCAAGCACCGCCACGUCCGGUAUUUACUAAAUACCACAAAGAAUUGAUGAAGGAGGGAGAAAAGUCAAUGAGAGAAACUGCAACUUCUUGUACAGUUGUAGGUGCUCUUGUUGUCACUAUGAUGUUUGCUGCAGCAUUCACAGUUCCUGGUGGAAAUAAUCAAGAUACAGGUGCUCCCAUGUUCUUAAAGGCGAAGGCCUUCAUGAUUUUUAUCAUCUCAGAUGCUAUAUCCUUAUUUUCUUCUACGGUAAUGAUAUUUUUGGGAAUUCUCACAUCACGUUAUAAAGAAGACGACUUCCUAAAAUCUCUACCGACCAAAAUGAUAUUGGGCCUUUUCACCCUUUUUCUCUCCAUCGCCACCAUGAUGAUUACUUUUUCUGCUGCCCUUUACAUUAUGCUUCAGGGGAAAUCAUGGAUCAUUAUCCCAACUAUAUUACUUUCUAGUGUUCCAAUCGCCUCAUUUGUAUGGAUGCAAUUUCCCUUCUUUGUGGAGAUCUUCGUUUCUACUUACGGAGCAGGUAUAUUUGUUAGGGAAAAUGAAAAUAAAUAUUGGUCGACAAUCUUAGAUUCCUAAUGUCGGAUGAUGAUUACGUUACGUUUUGCUACUAUUUAAGAAGUGCUUGUAAUGAAAGGGACAAUGUAUUUGCUAGCUUCCUAUUUUUGUAUCUCUAUGCUUACCGGAAGUGCCCCAUUUAUUUUA